UUUUGAAUUAAUAUACUCCCACUAUUAUAUUUUGCAUAAUACUAAACACAGUGACUUGUUCAAAUAAAAUUAAUUAUGGAUUUGGACCCAAAAUUAUAUAAUGAUACAAAUAAAGUACAGCUUGAUGAUGGCAUUUACCUGGCUAAUAAAAUCAUAACAGAAACAAGGGGAAAGUCAUUCGACAUUUGUAUGGAAAUUGGUUGUGGACCCGGAAAUAUGACUAAACUAUACAACGACUUGUUAAAUAUCGGUACGUUUAUGGCCAUUGAUAUCGACAGUAAGAUGAUUAAGUUCGCCGAAGAAAACUACCCUGCUCAAAACACCACAUACAUCGCGCAGGACUUCGGUGUCAAAUGGGAUAAACUGUCGCCAGAGGUCAGGGCCCUCGAGAAUCGCGUUAACCUAAUCGUGUCCAACCAUACCAUGCAUUGGAUUUUUAAGCAACGUGAAAACGCUGCUAAUAAUAUACGUAGACUAUUGGCUGACCAGGGUCUAGUAUACUUGCAGUUUGCGUGCUUACCAUAUUAUAAAGAUGUGGUCGAUAACCCAUUUCUGAGUUUCCUAACGGGAAUCGGCGUAUUUAUCGGCAGCAUUACAAGUAUUACAGUUGUUAAACAACGAUCAGGGUGGAUUAACGCAAUGACAAAUAAUGGUUUAAAGCUCAUCCAGGAUAGUAUUGAGGACAAAACGUGCGAGGUGCCCAUGAAUGUUUAUAAUGAUAUAUUGUGCGUAUAUCAGUAAAUUAUUCGUACAGAUAUAAGUGGGAUAAGUUGACCAAGUACAUCAUGUUUAAAGCUGCCAAGUCGAUACUCCCAAAAAAUGCAACAAAACGUAUUGAUACAACAAAUGGGUUAAAAUAUAUGAAAAUUGAAUACCAAAAUUUUGUGUUUGUU